CAGAGUUUAAAGGCAUGAAAAUGACAGGAACCAAAAAAGAAAAAACAAAAGGCUCGCUAUUUUAAGUGUGAUUUUGAUGAGUGCGCAGAGCACAUGUAGAAAGAAAAAGAGCUUUUUUGAAGAACAGAAUUAGAAAGAUACUGAAAGUGAAGAGAGAGGCUCUCGUUCUUUGAAAUGGGUAUUAUUCCGUAGUGUUUAAUCUCACUUCUCAGAUCUGUAUCAUGCUUGAUGCUUAUGGCGUCUGAAACGGCGUCGUCGGCGGAUGAAGAAACCAUUGCUGUUUCGGUUGCAGUUGCAGGAACAGGAGUAACUGAUAAGAGAGGCAAACACCGGAUUCUUGCCGAAUUGAAGCGUCUCGACCAAGACUCCAAAUUUCUUCAGGAAGAAUUGGAAGAGCUUGAGAAAACAGAAAAUGUGUCGACCAUAUGCAUGGAUGCAGCUUGCUACAAAACAUGGAAAGUAGGCCUGAUCCACUACUCCCAGAAAUACAUGGACCUGUAAACCUCUUAUGGGAUAGAUGGUUUGAAGGGCCUCAGGAUCCACAAGCUUGUAGAUGUUGGAUACUUUGAUUUGAAGCUGUGUCAAUUUCUUUGCCUUGCCUUGCCUUGCAAAUAGGAUGCCACAUGUUACUGCAUAAAGUGACUCUGGAACUGAAGAGAAUGUUUGAUGACAUUUUAUACAACGCAUAGUAACUCUUUGGUGGAUUCUUUCUUGCAUUACAGUACAUUCUGCAAUUGAAUAUUGUUUAUGUGUAAUCUCAUUCAUUCACUGCAUUCAAUUGAGAAGCAUCAUUAUUUGUGCUUACACCAGUUUGCAUGUAAUCCGAAGCUAACUGUUAAUGCACCUUGGUGUUAACUGUUACGUGUGUGCAUGAGUCAACCUAGAAACUGACAUAUCUUAGCGGCAUUCAGCCUUGAAGGUGGUGGCUUUCGGAGAGGCCUGAGUCCUGACAAUGGCUUGAUGAGUUAUCAACUAAAUCUGAAUGAGAAUGAGAUAUUCUGGCAGACCUCGUAGAGGAUGGGAAAUCAAAGAAUGCUCUGUGAGUCGUAAUCCCUCAUCUCACAUGAAAUGUGUUAUGAUAGAUUUUGUAAUCAUGUUGCUUCUAAGCCUUCUUAAGUUUUGUUGUUCCAUUUAACAAGCUUUUACUUUCUCUGUGUGCAUUUUUUUUUUUUUUUUUACUCUCCCUCUGUUUACCACCACCUGUUUGAUCCAAGGGAUCAUAUUUAAUUUGGGGCUGUCAGUUGGUGAUAUAAGCGAGCAGAUCACAAGAGGUGACAGAUCACUGGAUGCAAAGAUAUUAAGGCUCAAGGUAUAGUGGGAUGUGCGUAGUAAGCAUGUAGAAUUAGGAUUUCAGAAAUAUGUACUCGACUGUACCUCAGUAUUUAUAAAGGGAAAUUACUUCAGAGUUUUAGUUUGAGUGGAUAUUCUCAGCCACAAGUCAUGCAAAUAUGAUAAGGUAGUUACCCAUCUGAGAGGAUAAGUAAUCCUCCUAGAAGCAUGAUCCAUUUAGGUGGAUCAGGCCUGGGCCGGGUAUACAUGUCCUCAACACCAACCUU